GCUACCACGUGUUUCCAGCGCGAUGCUCUCCCAUCCGUGGCGCGUGUUGGACCCCGAAGAGGCUGACCUUUUCUACGUGCCCAUCUACCCGGUACUGAGCUUUAAGCUGGCGACAAGCAGGUGUGGGGGCUUGACGCACAACGAACUCAUGGACGCCUCGGUGGAAUACCUGUCCUCGUCCAGCCCCUUCUUCAAUCGCUUCGGCGGCGCCGACCACAUUCUCAUGUGCGCCUGGUGGAAAUGCGGAGAGGCGCUGGGUCCGAAACACCGUAUGCUGCUUCGCCGCGCGGUCGUCGGCAUCAACGAGAGGUUGCUUCGGUGGACCAGAUGGGGCUGCGGAAGGAGCAAGAUGGUCACCGUGCCUUACACGGCGAACAGCGUCCUCACUACAAGCGACAUGAUCGGGGGGCGCACGGCUGAAGACCGAGAUAUUCCGUUCUUUUUCGUUGGCACGGCGCGCCACCGCCCGGAGCGCAAAAACCUUGACGUAGUGGCGGACAUUGCUAAGGGCAGUGUCGUGAUACUUGAUGACCUUGCAUGGGAGUGGGGCAUGAACUCGACGGAGUACGCAGAACACAUGGCCCGCAGCAGGUUCUGCUUCUCUCCACGCGGAGACACGGAAUCGAGCCGCCGCCUGUUCGACGCCAUUGCGGCGGGGUGCACACCGAUCGUCACCGAGGCUACGGUGGCCGUGCUCCCAUUUUCGCAGACUGCGCUCAACUACUCGGACUUUGCUGUGGUGGUUGACUCGGCUGGCUUCCGCACGCGGGAAUCCGUUAAGGGUAUCGUUCGAGAAGUGCUCUCGAGGACGUCUGUGGAGCUGGAGGAAUUGCAAGAGAGCGCGCGUAGGGCCGCGAACGGACUCCUGUACGGCAUUACCGAGGGUCCGGAGCUCAGCGACGUGCGCCCGUACUUCGGCACCGCCACCAACUUCGCCAAAGAGCUGGGAGUAUCCUCGACAGGACCCCCCGAUGGAGGUAACCUGGACCACUAA